UGCCAGGAGGUCGAAGCCCCUUUCGGACUUGUUUUCUUGCUUCGCCCUCUUGGAAUAAAAACCACCCCCUUCCCUCAGAGGCUCCUUUCUUACUUUGGACACUUUCAAACUACUGCAGCCGCUUACCAACUCUAUUCUUACUUCUCCACCGUUAACUAAGCUCAACUGCACAGACCUUUGACCACAGCAAUGUCGGCCCAAGAACCAACACCGGAGCAGGUCUCGCAGCUCAAGGCAAAGUACGAGCUUGCUGCCCAGGAUCAGGUCUUUACCUUUUGGGAUUCGCUCUCGAGCACCGAAAAGGCCUCGCUUUUCCAGCAAUUGUCCCUUUUCGACCCUACCUACAUCAACACCAUCUUCGCCAAGACCCUUGCACCCCUAGCAAAGGAUGAGAAGCCAGCGUCUCUGGAGCCCCUCCCCGAGGCUGCCCGGGCCAGCAUUCUCGACUCAGACCCGGCCGAUAUCGAAAGAUGGUACAGAUCCGGUCUCGAUCUGAUCGCCGCAAACAAGGUGGCCGUGGUUCUCAUGGCCGGUGGGCAAGGCACACGGUUGGGCAGCUCUGCGCCCAAGGGCUGCUUCGACAUUGGCCUGCCCUCCCACAAGUCUCUGUUCCAGAUCCAAGCCGAGCGUAUUCGCAAGAUUGAGGAGCUUGCCCAGAAGAAGUCCGGCAGUAAGGUCACGGUCCCAUGGUACGUCAUGACCUCCGGGCCAACCCGGGGUCCUACCGAGCAGUUCUUCAAGGAAAAGGGGUACUUUGGCCUCAGCCCGGAAAACGUCUUCAUUUUCGAGCAGGGAGUUCUCCCCUGCAUCUCCAACGAUGGAAAGAUUCUGUUGGAAAGUAAGAGCAAGGUUGCCGUUGCCCCUGAUGGGAACGGCGGUAUCUACAAUGCAUUGGUGGAAUCCAAGGUGCUGGACGACAUGAAGAAGCGCGGCAUUGAGCACAUUCACGCUUACUGCGUGGAUAACUGCCUUGUCAAGGUGGCCGACCCUGUCUUUAUUGGCUUUUCGGCGAGUAAGAACGUCGACAUUGCCACCAAGGUCGUGCGCAAGCGCAAUGCUACUGAAAGCGUUGGGUUGAUUGUACAGAAGAAUGGCAAGCCGGACGUGGUUGAGUACAGCGAGAUUGAUCCCCAAAUCGCCGCCGAGGAGGACCCAGAGCAACCCGGUGUGCUCAAGUUCCGUGCCGCCAACAUUGUCAACCACUACUACUCGUUCCGCUUCCUCGAGAGCAUUCCCGAAUGGGCCAAGAGCCUGCCACACCACGUUGCCCGCAAGAAGAUUCCCUAUGCGGACAUCGAGUCGGGCGAGCAAGUCAAGCCCACCAAGCCAAACGGUAUCAAGCUGGAGCAGUUUGUCUUUGAUGUGUUCCCCAUGCUCGAGCUUAGCAAGUUUGCUUGCUUGGAGGUGCGCCGCGAGGAUGAGUUCAGCCCGCUCAAGAAUGCCGCGGGCACCGGCGAGGAUGACCCGGAUACUAGCAGGGCUGAUAUUACUGCCCAAGGCAGAAGGUGGCUUGAGGCUGCUGGUGCCAAGGUUGCGGGUGGUGUUGAGGUUAGCCCAUUGUUGAGCUAUGGUGGUGAGGGUCUUGAAAAUUACAGCGGCCAGGAGGUCAAGGAUAUGCUGCAAUAGAGCGGCUCUUAGAUUUCUGGAGGUCGAAUGAACGUGGAUAUUAAUGGCUGACCGGGCGUUGGAAGACUGGAAAGGGAAGGAUUAUCAUUUGGAAAAAUUAGGACUAUGUGAAACCGAUCAUACAGCAAGCGUGUUCUUGUUUAAUAGCCCAUCCAGGAUAAUGGACAUCUGUGGCGCCAUUUUG